CAGGAGUUAUGUCGCCGAAAGCCAAUCGUGAGCAGCGGAAUGUCGUCGUUUAACUGUAGAGCUUGUUAUUUUGUUUAUACCGUACUGUGUCCGGUGUAAAGUUCACGGCUGGUUUGGACAGCGUCAGAAUUUAAAAAUAUGAAGGAUCUGCGCUGUAACUUUGGCGUCGCUUUAUGUUUCUCACUUUAUGCCUGUUUGAUUUGUUCAGUCUUUGUUUAAUAUCUUCACACUUGGUCAGCAACUUCACAGGAUCAGAAAGAAAAGCUCCAGAAGCGCUGGUGGUGGCUACGUAACUGGCAUCCUGUUCUCGCCGUCCGGGAUCUAUCCAUUGUCCAAGGUCCUAGCAUGGCAAGUCAUUUCCGGAGUUAUAUAUGGGACCCUGCUCUCAUAAUCUACCAGAUCAUCCUCAUGCAAUGCAUCUACUAUAGCUUCCUAGGGCUAUGGUUGGCUGGGGUGGAUAGUCUGGUACAGAACAACCGUUCACUAGACCAGAUAUUCAGUUAUGAGGUUCUUGGGCUCUCUUCACUUCAAGGCAGGCUGUCAAUGAUGGCCUUCAUCCUCAACUCUCUCACAUGUGCAAUUGGUCUGUGGUUUUUCAUCCGCCGUGGGAAACAGUGCCUGGACUUCACUGUCACCGUCCACUUCUUCCACAUGAUUGGUUGCUGGAUAUACAAUUCCCACCUCCCUGCCGCCCUCUCCUGGUGGCUUGUGAACAUGGCAUGCAUAGCACUGAUGGCGGUCAUUGGAGAGUAUCUGUGCAUGAGAACAGAGCUCCGUGCCAUACCGGUGAACAGCGGAGCCAAGUCAAACCUCUGACAACCUGCCUACAGCUCAGUGGCAGUUGGGCUACCAGUGGACACUAAAGGGACAGUGAAGCAAUGUGCUGGAACAGCUAUCUCGAGUUACAUGAAACUGGAGGUGACUUAGUGGUUCUGGGAUUUGUGCAACAAUAUUGACAGAAACUAGAGGCACAUGGGGAAAUGGAUUAAGUGAAUGUCAGGACAUAUAUAUCUCCGGGGAUUACUUUAAUGAUAUAUUCACAGUCCACAAUCACCAUCCAUAGGUGAUAGGUUUAUUUUUUGUAACAUUGCAGUAUUUAUCUUUAAUAGUUUGCUGUGUUAAUCAAUGAAGUAAUUGUUUACUCACCUACCUUACCUCUGACUUGUGAAUUUGGCACACAAUUAGAUUUUGCUUAUUUUUGAGUUUGAUUCAGAAUGAAUUUUUGAACAUCUUCAAAUUAACCCUGGGAUACAAGUUCAUGUCUAUCGUAAUGUAUCUGAUCUUCACACAUUGUUAUACUAGGAGGUAAUUUUAAGUAAGAAAGCUUGUAUAUUUUACCUACCAACUUCCAGGGUCUUCUUUUUUGUCUUUAAAAUGUGUUUUGAGGUGAUUGUGUUUUCUAUAAGAAAACCAGCAUUCCUUUUUGAUGAACUCAUUUAAUUUCAGGGCAACUUGUUAAGCGUUGGAUAAGAAUAUGCUUGAGUGUCUAAUUCUUUAAUAACUCAAAUACUAGAAGUGGCACUAGUGUUAAGGUAAAUUCUCUAGCAAUUUAAACAGUGUAAAAUUCUAAGCUCUUGAAGUCUCCUUGUAUAAAAUGCAUUUGCAAAGCAGCUAAGUAACAUGUAAUGCUUCCUGAACAGUUUGCACAUGAACAUCUAAUUGAUAAUCUGUUUUGAAAUCCAAUCUCAAAUGUUUUUAUGUGCAGGUAACCGUAAUACCUGAACACUUCUCUAUUUAUAAAUGGACCUGAACCUAAAUGGUUGCAUUACCACACACAUCACAAAAUGUAUCCAUGUCUGAUUUCUAUGGUUUCUGAACAAAGGUUAAGGUUCUAUGAACUUGUGUUUUUCUUCAGAAAUACAGAUUUCAUCUUGUUUAUGAGUAUGAAAAAGGUAUUAAAUCCAUACCUUUGUAA